AUGGGCAAAGUAUUACGGAGCGUAGAAAAGGGUCGUGCGUUCCGUGGUGUUAAUAUUCUCUCCCCGCAGCAUGGUGUUAAGGCUCCCCGUUGCCCACAGGUGAAGCCUACACAGCUGCAAAGGCUUAGAGGAGACAUCCAGGCUCAGGAGAAAUUAUACAAGCCUCGGAAAAAUCCUCCUACCCCUCAGGUGAAGUCAGAAAGUGCUGAGUCAGGUAUAGGAAAUAGGGAAGGUAUUCAUUUUGAUGUACCCUAUGAUCCUAUUAAUGAGACCCUCUUUGGCUACUCAGCGCAGCAGAAACCACUACUCCUUGAGGUGUUAUGCAAUGGGCGACGCCUCCAGGCAAUGGUGGACAGCGGUGCAUCUCACUCAGUAUGUGACCGCGGAGCAUUGGAGAAAAUUGGAGAGAAGGCGAAGAAGACCCAGUUUUCAGCAACCAUGGUGGACGGUACGAAGCUUCCCAUCCACGGCGAAGCAACCUUGCAGCUGCACAUAGGUGCGUUGAGAUGGAAGCCGAAGCUACCUGUUACCAACAUCAAGGGUUUAGAUUUCAUCUUGGGGCGAGAUUUCCUGAAGCGGUUCAACCCCGAGAUCGACUGGGUCAACAGCAAAGUGUGCAUCUACAACAACGGGGAGCGGAUAGCAUUGCGAAGCUGGACGGAUACAGGGGACAUUCCUGAAACGACACUGGCACGGUUCGAACAGACGGUGAACGAGAGCAACACGGGUUACUUAGCACUGGUCAUGGCAGCAGCAGAAGAGGUGAAACCGGGUUCCGAGCUACCCGCAGCAGUGAAAGAGGUCUUGGAGCAGUACAAAGACAUCAUGCCCGACGACCUACCUACAAGCGUACCUCCUGCACGCACCCACGAGCACGAGAUCGUGGAGGAACCAGGUGCGAAACCCGUCUCACGCGCACCAUACAGACUGAGUCCGACCGAGCUGACAGACAUGAAAAAACAGAUUGAGUAUCUACUGGACAGACAACUGAUCCGACCAUCCACCUCUCCCUACGGCGCACCAGUUCUCUUCACACCGAAACCAGACGGCAGUUUACGAAUGUGCAUCGACUACCGCGCACUAAACAAACAGACAGUCAAAAACAAAUACCCCAUACUGCGCAUCGACGACUUACUGGACCAACUGCGUAGUGCAACAGUCUUCUCGAAGCUGGACUUACGGUCGGGUUACUGGCAGAUCAAGAUGGCGGACAAUUCGAUCCACAAGACGGCGUUCCGUACGCGAUACGGCUCCUACGAAUACCUGGUGAUGCCGUUCGGACUCUGCAACGCACCAGCGACGUUCCAGGCGGAGAUGAACCACAUCCUACGGCCCCUGUUGGACGAGUGCGUAGUAGUGUACCUGGACGACAUUCUCAUCUACUCCAAGAACAUGAAGGAGCACGUGGAGCAUCUGCGGAAGGUGUUCGAGAUCCUGCGAAAAAAUAAGUUCUACGUGAAGCUGUCGAAGAGCGACUUCGCACUGGAGAAGGUGCAGUUUCUCGGGCACAUGGUGAGUGCCAAGGGCGUACACGUAGACCCGCGGAAGAUCGAAGCUGUUAAAAAGUGGAAGGUUCCGGAGAACGUGAAAGAGUUGCAGCAGUUCCUCGGCUUCGCCAACUACUACAACAGGUUCAUGCCGCAGUACGCUAAGAUAGCAGCGCCACUGACCGACCUACUGAAAAAGGACACGCCCUUCAAAUGGGGUGCUCCUCAUCAGCAAGCCAUGGAACAGCUACAGACAGCACUGACCACAGCGCCAGUACUCAUCCUACCGGACCCUGACAAGGACUACGUAGUUGAAGCAGACGCUAGUGACCAGGCAGUCGGAGCAGUACUGAUGCAGGAUCACGGGAACGGUUUACAGCCUAUCGCCUACCUCAGUAAGAAACUGCACGGAGCAGAACUGAAUUACCCAAUCCAUGACAAGGAGGCCUAG